AUGGCCAGCAAAGCUGCCCAAAAACGGUUAACGCGAGAGUACAAGACCAUUUCCGAGAACCCUCCUCCUUAUAUCACCGCCCAUCCUUCCGAAGCCAAUAUUCUCGAAUGGCAUUAUAUAAUUACCGGCCCUGAAGACACUCCCUACCACGGGGGACAGUAUUGGGGAACACUCGUCUUCCCUCCGAACUACCCGUUUGCGCCUCCUGCGAUUCGCAUGCAUACCCCAUCGGGGCGAUUCCAGCCAUCGACCAGACUUUGCCUUUCCAUAUCCGAUUUCCACCCAAAAUCUUUCAAUCCAGCAUGGGAAGUCUCGACCAUCUUGAUCGGCCUUUUAUCGUUUAUGACUAGUGACGAGAUGACUACCGGUUCUGUCUCGACAUCCAGCGCCGAGCGAAAAUUCCUUGCUUCACGAUCGCGAUGGUGGAAUUCUACCGGCGGCGGCUCACAAGCGAAGGGAACUUACGCUACAAAGGGCAACGUCAAGGCUGGUGAUGGAGGCGCCAAGUUCCGCUCAGAGUGGCCAGAGGUGGACGCUGAGAACUGGGAGUGGAUGAGGAAAAACAAGAUAGACGCAGCCACUGGCGCAAAACCUGACGGUGACAAUGGUGCCUCUUGCGGACCACAGCUGGGAAUUGCCGGAUCUAGCGGUAACCAGGCCCAGGCUGUGGUAGAUGCUGUCGUCCAACAGCGGGACGCUGGGCGCGGCUGGCUCUUUCGGAACAAGUUGCUGGUUGCUGGUGCAGCGAUAUUCAUCUACGUACUCAUUGCGAGGCUGGUGAGUGGUAACGAAACCUUGGCAUAA